UACUCUUCUGUAAAGGUGGAGCUGUUUUCAUACUUCCGUUGAGCUGGAUUUCAUUGGAAAGCAGUUUAUUUGUAGUAAAGUUUGAAAGGCAGCAAUCAAUAAAGCGUAAAGAUGACGACGACGUACGAACAAACCACUGUAACACAGACAACAUCAGCCGGGGUGGCUCCUGAAAUUCGACCAGAUGUAAACUACGUUAAAAGCAUUCCUGGUCUUUUGAAAAUAGCAGAAAUGGUUCUGUCUAUCAUCGUUUUAAUUUGUUCAUCUAUCGUGUAUUGGUCACAUCUUGGAGGUGGAUGGGUUCAGUUUGUGGCUGCCACAGCGUUAAUAACAACAAUCAUAUUAUUCAUUCUUCACUUCAUGCACAUCAUUCACCGUCUGCCUGGACCAUGGGUCUUUAUUGUAUUUAUAUAUUAUAUUGUAAUUACCGUCUGUUGGUUGAUAGCGGCAGUCGUUUCCGCUGCUCGAUUUGGAUAUCAUUCUUCAAUCGGGGCUACGUGUUUUUUCGCGUUUGUUGCUACAGCGGUAUUUGCCAUUGAUACCUUCUUUAAUUAUCGGGGUUGGCAAGUUGUUCAACAUCCAGCAGGAUCGUCAACAACUGCUAACACUACCACAACUACUUCUUCAACAGCUUAUGAAACAAGAACCCAAUAUUAGACAGAGCAACACGAAAACACAUAUUUAUAAGAUGAACAGCAAGAUAAACAAGUUAUUAUUAGUUGUCAUGAUGGAUAUACUGGUUUUACAUAAUUUAAUUUAUAAUCCUGGUACAGGAUUUCGACACCAGUACCCCAAAAAAUAUAUUAUAAUCUUUUAAAAUUAUUCUCAAAACAAGAAAGAUAACCUCUGUAUUUUCAUUAAGACUAGCCCAUGAAUAAAAUCCAGAAGUUUUGUUAAUUUUGCAAAACAUUCUCGAAGGCUCCGUAAGUGUUCUUUACUGCUUGAGAAUUAAACAUAUCUUUUACUGAUAAAAAAAUGUUUAAAGAUUGUUGUUUGGUACCACAUACAUUAGCCAGUUGUAGUACUAGAGGUCUCAUGGAUUAUUGAACUUGAAAACCUUAUAUCAUUCAUGACAAGGGACCUUAAUUACAUGCUAAAUAUAAAAGGGCAUGGUAAAAGAAAAAUAAUUGAUUUCAAAUCUUAAAAAUAAUCAUUAAAAAUUAUGUAAGUGCUAUUUUUAUAACUUCUUGGGUAAGGGUUUAUGUGCACUAUGGAUUCUUAAUCAUCAACCACUAAAUUUAUUAGAUGCUUUUGUGUAUUCAAACGGUAAAUAAGGUCCCAUGUAAGUACUUGUAAAACUUGACUGUAAUUGAGAGAUCUCUAAGAAAGUAUUGACUUUGACGUAAGAAUUAGGGUAUAGAUGAAUUUGUAGAUCAAAACAUCAUACAGCACAUCAAUAUGAGACCUUUGAUAAGAGCCUAAAAGAAAGAGUUAGAAGUGCAACUAAUAAAAUUCAGAUUGGCAAAGGAAUAUACAAGGUUGUUAUUGUUGUCAACUAAAAAUACAAUCAUGUUUAAAAGUUUAUUCUUGGAUUGCUUGAAUGUACAUGGGGCAUCAGUUAGGCCGAAAGGCAUUUGUUCCUUUCGGAUUGGUUAUAUGAAGUUGUUAUCAAAGGAUCUUUAUCAGCUAACUGUAUGCUUGUUGUAUGUGUUGUAAUUAAAACAGUAGAAUACAGAUAGAUUAAUUGAUUGUCAUUAAUUAGGUAUAUAAAUCAUAUUUAAGCAUCUUUUGUGUAGCUGAGAAUACUAUAUACAUGUAUAUUAUUAUAUGGAUCAAGAAUUUUAAUCUGCGGAGCCAUUAUAGAUAGACCUUUAUUACUCCUAAUUUUGUAGGAUUGAUAUUUCCAUGUUAUGGUUUUGUGAACACUUACUUUUAGACCUGAUCUGAUUUGAUUUUACGAAAUAUAACCAUUUCAUUUAGUAGCCUUGUCUACAUUUUCUUGGAUAUAAAGCACAAUAUAACGCUAUAUAAAUGUUCUGUAAUAAUAGUGAAUAAGGCAGAUUUCACAAAAAUUGUAAGACAUUGAAAGAUUAUUUACAAGGUGCUGCUGAAGACUUGUAAUUUCGAUAUCAGAAAGCAGACAGCCUUUGUCUUGUAACAAAAAUAAUUUUGGAAGUCUGCAUGAACCACAAUGUCUAUAUGUAGCUUUUUAUGAAAUAGACAUGUUAAAAUAAAGAUUGUUUUAUAAAAGUAUUUAUUGAUAAUUAUAAAUUGUAAAAAAGAAUGUUGUUGAAAAUUUAAAGUGUAAUUUUUAUAUACAUCUUGUUUUUCAAAUAAUGUACGACUGUUGGUUCGUUGAUUCUGGUUUGUCUAUUUAAUUGUUAUUUUUUUUUUUUUUCAAAUAUAUUUUGUCCUUUUAUUUACCUCGUCUAUAAAUUGACAGAUUUUAAUUCGUUAACUUUGUAGUUCUGCCGUUUAUUGUCCUCUGUUAAAUUUACUACAGACAUAUUUUAUUAUUGAGUUAUUAGUGAUUGAAUCUCUGCUUAUGUCAAAUUAUGAAUGAACAUCUAGUUUUUCACAAGCCAGGUAGUACAGGUACGUGAGUGAGAGUUUGUAAAACAGGGAGAGCGAUUGUCAGGAUUCAGUCCUUAAGGCUUCUAUAUGAUGUAAGUAUCCGUACAUGACACACUAUCCAGUCAAUGUCCCUAUAUCUGCUUCCUGAAUUCGUACAUCAAGCCUCGCAUAUCAGAAUACGUAUCGAUACACUCUAAUCAGGGGUGUGGUGGAUGGCUGACCAAUCUCUAGGGUUUUCUCCAAGGUCCUCUGGUUCCUUCCACUGCUAAAGACCCCUACGCGCAAGCGAAUUAUUGAUAUAAAAUUGAACCCUUUGUUAGUCCCGAAAUGACCUUGUUUGUGUCGAGUGUUAAACCCAUACUAACCAGUCAGCUAUAAGGUUGUCCUACUGACUGAAUGCCGAUAGGGUAAUCACAAGAGACACAAAUACUUAUUUACUACUUGGUUUAUUUAUUAGCAACUUUCUUUUUGCUGCCGAGAUCUGUUUUCGGGAUCUGUUCAUUCGUAGUUUGAUUCUCAUGCUUUUUAUUGGAUAAUUAAAUUUACCGCUUUGUUAAUUGUUAUUAACUCCCUUUUGUUUUUCAUGUCCAUUCUUUCACAGUUUGUCAAAUUUAAUGACAUUUCAUUUGUGUUUACAUCGGACACCCAAUAUUACUUACAGCGCAAAAUAAAACAAGUCAACAUUGGGGUUUUUUUUAAAAUGAAAACCAAAAAUGGUCAUGCUACACCAGUUGUGGCCCUUGAUUAUGAUGUUUGUUCAUUAAAUUUGAAAGAUGGACAUUACACCCCAUUUGCUUUCCUAUUACAUUUUUAUCAACUUUUCAAAAUACAAUUUUUUGGUAAACUAAUAGUCCAUUUUAAGUGCCUUUAGAUUUUUCUUUUUAAUUACUUUAUUUUUAAUCUCUGUCUUUGACAAUUUCGUGCAGCUUUGGCACUUUUUAUUGUUCUUUUAUUCAAAUCGCGACACUCUGUAAGUCAAAUGUCCACAUGAUUAUUUUGAAUGUUCAAUAUUAAAUAAAUUAUCCAUGCUUGGCUUUAAUUUUGUGUAUUAUUUAACAAAGGUGAUUUUUUUUUUAGCUAAAUUUGUGCAUGUACGUGUGAAAAUUUGUACAUGUAUGUUUAAUAAUGACCUGACACCUCAUUUAAAGCAAACAAAUAUCAUGAAUAUGUAUUUAAAUAGCAAUGAAAUUUAAUUCUGUUGUUUUGUUUUUUUGGAAAGUUGUUAAAUAUAUUAUAAUGGAAUGUUAUAAAGUUUUCUUUACCUCAGAUUCAAAGUAAGCUAUAAAUUGUUAAUAUACGUUACACUUGUUGCAUAUUCUGUUGUUCAAAUGUAGAUACAUUUUUUUUAAUCAGCGUUAAAAUUUGUUAAAAAUAAGAAUUAUGUGGAAUUUAUCGUUUUAACCUAUCUAAAUACAUUUUUUUUUAUCAGUUUUAAAAUUUGUUAAAAAUAAGAAUUAUGUAGAAUUUAUCAUUUUAACCUAUCUAAAUACUUUUUUUUUUUAUCAGUGUUAAAAUUUGUUAAAAGUGAGACUUAUGUGGAAUUUAUCAUUUUAACCUACCUAUCGAUGUUAAAAUUAAUUGUUAAAAAUUGGAAUUAUGUGGAUAUUGUCGGUCUAAAUUGAAAGUCAAGUACUCCACUGUAGUCUUUGUCAUUUGUUGAAUUUUGCUACGAUUUAGUCAUAUUUAUAAGUCUUGACUGACCAGUAGUCAAAUCAACCUGCUGCAGAAUCUUACAUUUACAUACAACAAGAAUAGUGGCCUGACACCUAAAUGAGUUACUUCCCUUUAUUAAUAGUACUUGGAGGAGGGUUAUUGUUUCAGUCAUAUUGACCAGUCUACACUGACUGGCAGUGAAUUUGACCUGCUGGAGAAUUGAACUUUCAGUCAAUUUACAUAUCAUGUAAUUAGCAAUUCUAAGAAUAUAGUAAAAUUUAUCAUUUCUAUGUGUAAAAACCCUUUAAAAUAUUCUAUAGAAAUUGGGAUGAUUCUUUAAAUUAUUAAAUCCAAUCUAAACGAUAUGUCAAAACUUUAUUGUCUGGUAUAUUUUGAAAUGAAAGCACAGUUCAAAACACAAAAUGUGACCUAAAUUUUAUCUAGUAAAUAAUAUAUGAUUUAAUUUAUUUUAUUUCUUUUAUUCCUCAUUUACAUACAGGUCUUUUCACAUCCUAUAUUUCUUGAUAAUAAUUGACCGUUCCAAAAAUCGAACUUUCAAAAAUUGAUCUUAGAAAAGAUUAAACUAAAUGAAACAAUAUGAUUGUUAAAAUAGGGAGACAUUAAGAUCUUAAUUAAUCCCCUAAUAGGGAGACAUUCAGUCCUUAAUUAAUCCCCUAAUAGAACAAUGCAAUUUAUAUCUACAGGGGAUAAUUCCUCACUCAAAAUCUUCAACUCCUAUUUCUGAAUGAAUGUAAAGGUACAACCAAGAAGAUAUGUCAAUAUCCAAAUCGUAUAAACUAGUUCUUAUAACUUUUUAUUGGGUCAUAGU